GUUCCUAGAUCCUGAGGCAAUAAAAAAGUACCAUUUGUUGCUUGUAAAUGCCCUCUACAGGUGUUCGCAGUUCCUGGCUGGGGAGUCCAUGUCGUUUGAUGGUUAUCUAGCGAAGGCUUUUUGUCUGAGGACAUUGAGGGAGUGUUUGAAGUCGUCUUCAAUGGAUCGCUUCCCCAAUGAUUGCUCGCAAAAUCUGCUCUUCAAUUGACUCAGAGUGGGAGGGUAGAGCCCCGCUUCUGCUUGAUAUGCUAAGAGAAACUCUGGAGUCUGGUGUAUGUGGAUGCAAGGUUGGUGUCGUGAAAGCUGUAAAUCAUGUUCUUGAGUUUGUAUCAUAUUGCGCUGACAUAAUUUGUGCUGCCAAUGUAAAUGUCUGUAAAAGUGCUCUGAAAGUAUUAUAUGAACAAGGAGAUGAUUUCCUUCAGGUUUCACCUCCUUUUGCCUCGAUUCUGAUUCUUUAUGCCAGUGGAUUGUAUAUUAAGUCUAGCAAUAUUCAGGCUAGGCAAUAUGCUGAUAUUUUUCACAGUUCAAAUGAUGGCUCUUCAAUUAUAUUAUUGCUUGAUAAUGGAGAGAAUGUGCAAAAAUUGACUGAUUCUCUGGGUAACUUAGCAAGAUACUUUGACAUGAAGAAAAGGGAUUCAAGGGAUUUGUCAACUGUAGUUCCAGAGUCUACCAAGCAUGGAGCUUGUAAACACUUGCAUGGAAGUGUUUCCUUUAUAUCAUACUUAGACGCUUUGGAGUUUUUAUGCAAGCUAUUAUAUGAAUAUGUAAAUAUUGCUGCAAAGCACUUGGUUUCUGAAAGGAAAACUGUUCUCAGAUUGGCUAAUGCGAAUCAUGUCCUGGAUGCUUUACAUCAGUUCUGUGAUUUCAUUCUUUCUGCACUUGAAUGCACCAAAACAUUUGAAAGCUAUAGAGAAAGGUUACAUGAUAGCUAUGGAACAUUGCUUCAAGUAGCAGCUUCAGCUUUCAAAUUUUCCCUUCUGACUUUUGGAAACUACCAGAAGAGUCUGUGCUCUAUUAAUUGUAUCAUUUCAAGUGAAUGGAUCGAGCCUCAAGAGCUGAAGUUUCUGAUUGCAGUGCUCAGUAAUAUUGGUGCCUCACUGUAUGACAUGGGGCACUUUGAAGAGGCAGCAAUAGCAUUGCAGUUAUGUUGUAGAACAAUGUGGACACAUGUCAAGCUCCUUUGUCACUUAGGCAAAUCGAAUGGCACUGACAUUGAUGAAAAUUCUGAGGAUGGAAUGAGAGAUGUUAUCAAUAAUGCAUUCACAAGGACUGCUACAAUAGUAGAUAUUCUUCACAAAUGCAGUGCCAAAAAUUUUCAGGAAGUUGUUGUCGAGAGUCUGUAUGAAUUUUCUGCGGCAGAAGAUAGGUUUCAGAGUAUGGCUUUCUCUUUGGACUUGGUGAAGAUGUGGGUUAAGAUAGUAUGCAAAGAUUUUGAAGAUGUCGAUUCAGUGGAUAUGGCUCCUGUUCUCUAUUCCUUGCUAAUGAGCUAUUAUCCGAUGUGGUCAAAGAAGACAGUGGGAAUUUUAGCAAAAAAAAAGAAGACAGUGGGAAAGAUUCUUGAGCAGGAGCUUAUAGCAUAUGGAAUGAUGGAAGCUAGAUAUCCAAAGAUAUGCCAGAAAAUGCAACUAAAAGUUAUAAAUAUUCUCUUAAAUGAAGUAUAUACUACAAAAGAUUAUUAUAUUCAGAGAUCAAGGAUUGUUAGAAAGGGAAAAGUAAUUAGAGGUUGUGGAGUAGAAGGGCUCAGCCGCUGUAUUGAGUGCCUCUCUGAAGCUAUUUCCUUGCUUAAGGACAUCUCAGGUAAUCCUUCUCAGCGCAAUGCUUCAGUUUUGCAUCAGUUGGCUCUAUACUGCUUGCUUGCACAGUGUGCUCAGGAAGCUAACCAAGAUGGCAAGAUAAUCCUGGACAAUGUCCAAUAUGCAAUAAAGUUAUGGUCGAGCAUAGACAUCCAAAGUUGUUCUGCAGAUAGCCAUCUUGAAAGGGCAUCAGAAAAUGUGAUACCAAUAUUGUGUUCUGUAAUUGAUUUGUUGUCUUUGAAGGGUUGCUUGAAAUUUCAGAAUGACAUCCGUCAACUGAUGAUCACGUUAUGCAAGUGGGAAAACAUCCCAUUGGAAAAAUGCAUUGCUAUGCUAUGGAGUGGAAGAAGGCUUAAUCAUUCACUCUGCAGUUCUCCAAUAUCUGAGGAUUUUAUUUUGGAUAUGUCAAAAAACCCUGGUGUUAAUGCGGACUCCUUUGAUUAUUGGAUAAACUGUACAAAAAGUCAUCCACCAUCUCUAUGCAUGUUUCAACAGAAUUUGUCACUUACUAAUUCUGUUUUUCCUGAAGUAAGUGGAUGUACUGAAAGAUCCUUUGGUUCACAAAUUACUGUGGAUGAAGUUAAAAAGGUUGCAUCAUCUCUAACUGUGGAUGUUCCCUUGCCCGCUCAAUCAGCUUUUAUUGCUGGAUAUCUUUACUAUGAUUUGUCUGAAAGACUUUUCUCCAGUGGACGAAUUUCCGAGGCUCUUUCAUAUGCGAGAGAGGCCUUCCGCUUGCGCAAAAAGCUUUUGCAGAGAAAAUUCAUAUAUUCUGUUGAGAAGCAGUCUGCAAAAUCAAUUGGUUCAGCACGAGUAACUCAAUCUGGGCAUGACCAUAUUUGCCUUGAGGCAAUGGGAUCAGUUAUUACUGAAGUUUGGCCAGAUAUUUUCAAAUCAGGCAACUCAGGAGAUUUUAUUCUGACACCAUGGAGCAUUCUUGGAUGCUACCUUGAGAGCAUUUUGCAGGUUGGAAUAAUCCAUGAAUCAAUGGGUAAUGGGACAGAAGCCGAAAAUCUUUUCCAGAGGGGAAAAGGGAUAUCCUCUUUGCAAGGUUUACCCAUUCUUGAGAUUGCUUUUACAUCAUUACUAGGUCAAUUAUACCGUAGGAAACAACUCUGGGAUUUAGCAGAAACAGAGUUCAAUAAUGCCAGGACACUUCUUGCAAAAAAUGACAUGAUUAUUUCCUGCAAGCACUGCAAGUUAGCCUUUGAAGUUACAAUUGAUAUGCAGAUUGGAGAUUUAUUUAGAAACCUCUUUGAUAAAGGUUUGAAGAUAGAAUCAACAAAGAGCUUAUCAGAUGCUCUUGACUUGUAUAGAUCGGCUCUAAAGAAACUGAAUCGUGCUGAAUCAUGCAGUUAUCCUACAGAAGAUGCAAAGCAUGGAGAUGUGAAUGCUGAUAAAGUGCGGUUUCUGGCGAAGAAAGUGAGAUCACCUGUCUGCAGUAUCCGUGCUUCAUUAAAUCACAUUUCUGGCAUCCCUCAUGCUGGACAGAUGCCAUCAGAGGAUGACAGACUGUCUCUUCUGAAUGCUGUAGGUAAAAAGUCACUUUUAAACAUGAAACUGAGGAAAAGAUGUAAAAAUUCAUCAAAAUUUAUUGCAAAGGAACAAAAUUUGAAUGCUGAACUUAAACCAAGAAGAACUCGUUCUACUAACCGAGAUGCAAAUAUGGAAACUGAAGUGGAAAGCAAGUAUGACAGAUCUGACAGUUGUGAGUUUUGUCCUGAUACCGAGAGUCUUGGCAAAGUUGAAAAGAAACAGGAUGAAACUUCUUCAUCUGACUUUGGGUGCAGUGAACAAUGCAUAUGCAACAAAUUAACUUGUUCGAGAUGCCUUGUAACCAACGUGAUGCAAACUGGAUCCAUGAAAAAUAUUAUCCAUCUGAAGAGGGAAUGUCACCGUAGGCGUUUUGUAUUGGUGCUGCUCUUAAAGAUAGCAAGAUGUUUAGGGGCUCAUGAUGGGAAACAUGCAGAACAUGAAGUACAUGAUGCAUUAUUGCAAUAUAUAUCUGUAUUGUUCAGUAUAAAACCAUUCUGUCAGAGUUGUCAUGGAAUUCCUGACUGCCGCUUGAUUGAGCUUGUUGUCGAUGAGAAUUCAGGUUAUGCUUUUUCUAUUGAACGUGCAGCACUUUUAUACAACAUGAGCUGGCUUUUACUAAAGGACUGCCUCACAGAGCAUCCCAGGACCAUGUGUUGCAGUCUUUCCAAAAUGCAGAUGUCGAAUAUUGUUUCAUGGUUGUUGAGAGCCUUCAUACUCUGUCGUCAGCUCCCCUUACUUUCUCAAAAGGUCUCCAGGCUCCUUUCUUCUAUAUUCUUACUUUCCACAUUAGAUGGCUCCAUUACAUUACCUUUGCAUUCUGAAAAAUCUCUCUCUCUAAAUCAUUGGGCUGCAUAUUUUCAUCAAGCUUCCAUUGGUACUUAUAUGCAUUGUCAAUACCUUUCUUGUGUUAGAGAUGUGGCCUGCAACAACAAUAAGACUUCAGAGGGUCUCCCUUCUGCUAACAUUAUGGAUGCAGAUACCAAGGCUUCCAUGUUCUUCAGAUCUGUGCCAGAAAAACUUGAACAUAUUGAACAACAUGUGAAGGGCUUCUUCCAGAGCCUCCCCAGGGUUCCAAUUAUCUGUAUAAGCAUGCUUGGAGGUGAUUAUGUGAACCUCCUUGGAGAAUCAUCUGUUCUACCAUCUAGUUGCCCUGCAUGGAUGUUGCUAUCAAGAUUGGAUGCAUUUAGUGAACCAGUUGUCAUGCUUCUUCCUGUAGACAUUCUGGAAGAUAUUCAACUUGAAGAUACUAACUCUGACAAAAGAUUAAUCUGCACAAACAUGGGAUCAGGCAGGGAUUGGCAGUGCCCUUGGAAUUACACUAUUGUAGAUCAUGUUGCUCCAUCUUUUAAACUUCUUUUGGAAGAAAACUUCUUAUCAGUAUCUAGCACAACCCUUACACCAGCUAAUGCACAAAUGAGCAAUGUUGGGUGGUGGUUGCUGAGGACAAGGCUCAACAGUUGCCUCAAUAAGUUGCUGAAAAGCAUGGAAGAAUCAUGGUUGGGACCCUGGAGGUGCUUGCUUUUGGGUCAGCAUUCUGACCCUGAAUAUUUGGAUAUAACAGUUUCCAAAUUAAUCAGAGAUCUGAAAUCACAGUUCAAGUUUGAAGUAAAUGUUAGCCUCAUUAGAGCAAUCCUUGGUGGUGCAAAGUCUGUAGAUGAUGCAGAAGCAUGUAUUUCUCAGCUGCUACUUUACAAAGGCUACUUUGGCAGGGGAGCUUGUUGUGGGGAGGAAAGAUUUGGGGCCCUUUCGGCUGCAUGCCAUUCUGGAAUUGAAAGUGUGUCUGAGUUGGUUCACAGUUUAAUACAGGAAGCAACUAAAAAACAAGAAGAACGAAUUCACAGAGAUCCAAUAAUUUUAGUUCUGGAUUCUGAUUUGCAGAUGCUCCCUUGGGAAAAUCUACCAAUAUUAAGGAGUCAGGAGGUUUAUCGCAUGCUUUCUGUUGGGUCUAUCCUUUCAGUGCUUAACAGAUGCUGUUCCGUUCACAAGUUGGAUAAGGACUUUAGUGCUGUCCUUCCAGCUGUUGACCCUUUCAACACUUACUACUUGUUGAACCCUAGUGGAGAUCUUGACAGCACGCAGGCGGAAUUUGAACAGUGGUUCAGAGACCAGAAGUGGGAGGGAAUAGCUGGAAAUGUUCCAACAACUGAAGAAUUAGUUUUGGCAUUGCAAAAUCAUGAGCUGUUUCUAUACUUUGGCCAUGGAAGUGGAACACAAUAUAUCUCAGUACAUGAAAUUCAGAAAUUGGAUCGUUGUGCAGCCUCUCUUCUUAUGGGCUGUAGUAGUGGAUCCCUCGUGCACAAUGGGUGUUAUGCUCCUCAAGGAGUCCCUAUUUCCUAUUUGUUUGCUGGUUCUCCUGCUGUCAUUGCAAAUCUUUGGGAUGUAACGGAUAAGGAUAUUGACCGGUUUGGCAGGGCCAUUCUUGAUUCAUGGCUGCAAGAAGAAUCUGCUGCCCUCGACAAUUGUACUAGGUGCGACCAAUUAGUUAGACAUUUUGGAUGCAUGGGCAUAGAUGGUGAGGGAAAUGAUACCAUUUUAAAGACUAGAAAAAGAACAUACAGAGGAAAGAAGUUGCAACAAUCGAGUGAAAGCAAUAAAUGCAAGGGUUAUGGAAGAAGAAAGAUGAUAGCAUCAUUCAUGAGCCAAGCACGAGAUGCUUGCAAACUCCCCCUACUUAUUGGAGCAUCUCCUGUUUGUUAUGGUGUACCUACAAUUAUAAGUAGGAAAUCAUAAUGAUAGACUCCCUCCAAGUAAGAUUAUCCUCAUAUUAAGAGUUUCCAAGGAGCUUAUACCUCCCUUGUACAACGAAGUGUACCCAGAAUGCAAAGUCAUCUGAUUAGAGAUGGCUAUAAUUUUACAUUCAUCUUGCUUGUGAGUUUUUCUUUGUUGCACAUGGAGAGUGGUGCCCUCUGAUUCAGAUUUUGGCUGCCUACAAAUUGUGGCAACACGGCUGUGGUCCAAACAUUCCUGGAUGGAAGGAUAAGGUUUGCAUGCCAUAUUCCAACCACGCCAUCCUUUGUAAAUUUCUGGCACCCAUCAGUGAUCUUCCUAAGCAGACCUUGGCUUAUGCAGUUUGCAUUCGGGAGGUGUAGGCCAGAUGAUGUGCAUUAGAUUGUGUGCUCUGUUUGAUUGUGGUUCACCUGUGCUUGCUGGAUGCCUGGUGUGGUGCCUCAAUAUUUCAACGUGCAUGACUCUGUACUAAAGUGAGUGCAUAAAUUAUCCAUGAUUGCUUAGUACUUGGUGCUGUGGCAACCUUUUCUAGGUUUGUUGGUUUGCCACGUGCUUUCAUGGAACCAAUACAUCACUUAUCCAGAGCAAUGUAGAAUGCACUACUCGGACAAUCCACUCACUGUAAAUUUUGUUCAUAUCCUAGAUUUCACUUUGUUUAUUCUGUUUAUUGUCA